AAUUGAUUCAAAAACGAAGUCAGCUCCUUGAAGGAUAGUCUCGUUGUUGCAUCUAUCUACGCUCAAGUUCCGGAAGAUGAUGAUUAUUUCUGGAAUCUUCCUCCUUUUGUUUAUUCCGGGGGAUACUGAGUGUACAGUCCUUGUUCAGCCUUCACCGAUCGCUAACGUGACUUAUGGGAAGCCCCUGUACUUCAGUUGUACAUUUCCACCAUCUUGGGAGUCUGCCACCCUUAACAUUCCUGGUGAAACUGGCUUCAAAUUCGCCAUAUUUAAUGGCGGACCGUGUUAUAUCCCAAAUGAUAAACGGGCCGAUUACAGCAUUGCUUGUCAUGGGAACACACUAACGUAUGGGAUUAUGAAGCCACGAGACAAUACAAUAUGGCGAUGUACCUUUAGCAGCUCGAGUGUUACGGAACACGGUAACACCACCGUCAGUUUACAAGCAGAUAAACCUGUCAUACUCACACAACGAAAUACAUACACCAUCAUAGAGGGUUCCAACAUUUCCAUUCCGUGUACAUUUACUGGUGCACCGAUAUACAACACUACCUGGGAACACGACAAUAUUGUCCUGCAAUGGUCAGCUCAAACCCAGCCAAUGGUUCUGAGUUUACAGAAUGUCUCCAGAUCAGCUGCAGGAAAUUACACCUGUAACGUAUAUGUUACCUUUAAGGGAACCUACACCGCCUCAAAUACAGUAUAUUUGAUCGUUGACUAUCCGCCUACACUUGAAGCAAGUAAUGUUACUACCGUCAAUGAAGGAACCAGAGCUGUGUCGCUUGGCUGUGAGAUUUUAGUAGAUGGGUAUCCCAGAAAUUACAGCGACCUGUACUGGCAGCACUGGAUAGGCAACCAGUUGAUAAGAGAACUUGCUUCCAACACCCCUCUUACUAUUCCUACUGUCAAAAAAUAUACUCUAACCUUGAAAUCGGUAUCCUAUAAUGACGCGGGACGUUACGUGUGUUUAAUGGGAAAUGGGAUUUCGAAUUUAUAUGGGAACGUCAAACAGACGGCUGAAGUUGAACUGGUCGUGCAAGCUAUUCCAAGGAUCUUGCGAUCAAAAAAUGAGUACCAUGGCCAAGUUGGACAAACAUUAAAAAUACAGUUUAAAAGCAUGGGCCAUCCAGAGGUACAUUGUUUUAUCAACUCUUCGCUGGGAGAAAUCACUACCCAGUUCAAAACAACGGAAACCUUAGGACCAGUGGUUGUAGACAUACAUGAUGAAGUAAUCAAAAUGAAUGGAACUAUCUUGGAAAUGGAUUUUGGCAAGAUAGAGCACAGAUUCAGCACACGUUACCAGUUGAUAGCAGAGAAUUCCAUGGGAAGAGUAACUCAUAGCUUCUUGGUUCAAGGACACGAUUUUCCGAGUAAACCUUUCCAUAUCCAUUUCAAAGAAUACGAGGCCUCCGCUUUCCUUGAGUGGGAAGCUGUCAGUCCAGAUUUAGACAUGACGUAUGAAGUUAUUCUUAAGAACUAUACUGGAGACGACAUUCUCAAUAUAAUUCCUGGAUCAAAUGCAAAAAUAUACGAAUAUUGGUUGACUAAUCUUACACUGAACACCGAUAAUAUUCUUCUGUUGUGUACAACAAAUGCUCUGGGUAGAAACUGCAGUUCCACAUUCAAAAUAAAAAUGGACAAACCUAUAUCUAUAACUUUGCAAGCCCAUCAGAUGCCGAUAUCGAAAACGACUUUGAUCGCUAUUGUUGUUGGUUGUGUGGGACUUCUGAGCAUCCUUGUCUUUAUUCUGAUUGCCUGGAAUCGAAGAAAACAUCGGAAAAGUAAAAAUCUCUUCUUCCUAGAAAGACAAAAUGUUCCUUUGGGAAGGAAUAGUUAUUCGAUGGAAAGACUGACCAAUGAUUUAGAGUCCUCAGAAAAUAACUGCGAAAGAACAAUGCACCUCUCCACUGACACUUACCUAACGCCACAAUGCCUGACUUCACCGCAAUCACAAUCACCCUCGUGUCAAUCAAAUAUGGAUGGGAAUGAAUAUGCAAGUGUAGACGAUCCAACCGUCAGGAAAUUGGCUGCCCAACGAAAUCAAAAUGUUGGAAAAUUCCUAUUUAAUAGUGGUAAAUCAAUGAACACUGGCAACGUGCCAAACCUCCCAUCCCGUGUAACUCAUAACGCUAGUAAUACCAUGGUAACUCCUGAAGCCACGCCAAGAAAUGAGUACAUGGAGAUGGGAAAGACAACAGAUAUACCGAAGUCAAAUAUGUCUCCAAGCUUGCUGCUUAAACUUCCAAACCAAACCUUCAGCGAAGACUGUGAAUUCACUCAUUACGUAUCUAUGGAUGAUGAAGAUGAUAAGAAAAGUCCGGAAGUUCAGAAUGGUGGCCACGGUGAAGAUAAACAUCCCAAAAAGUACGUUCGGAAGUGACUUCUAGUUUCCGUUGGUUUAUCAGAUCUAAAAAUAUAAAAAUUUGUUUUGUGUUUAAAAUGAAUUAUUUACCGGAUACAACAACCUUGUAAGCUUUGUGUGAAGCUUCUCUUUAUACAUCGGAUUGAUUGAAUAUUGUUUAACGUCCCUCUCGAGAAUAUUUCAUUCAUAUGGACACGUCACCACUGUCGGUGAAGGGCUGCAAAAUUUCGGCCUAUGCUCGACACGUAUGGCCUUUGAGCAGGGAGGGAUCUUUAUCGUGUCACACCUGCUGUGACACGGGACCUCGGUUUUUGCGGUCUCAUCCGAAGGACCGCCUCAUUAGUCGCUUUCUACAACAAGCAAGGGGUACUGAGGACUUAUUCUAAUCAGUGGAAUACUUCCAAUUAAAAAGUCAUCAUAGAUACAAGUUUCGAGUAUUCUCAUUUUGUGCUUUUUGUAAACAUUCACUAUUAUGACUAUUUUGACUACUCCAACAUGAAGUGCAGUGCACAAGUCACUUGAUCAGAAUAUAUGGUUAUGAAAAAUUAAGUUCAAUUAUUAAAAUAGAUUGAGACACAAGCUGUUCUGCACUGAAGGUAAAUUCUGUAUUCUAUUAAACGCAUGGAUGGGUACAGGGUUUAUCAUAUGUAUAAUACGUAUAUCAUAGACUGGUUAUGUAGAUGAAAAUAUCACUUUUGAAAGCAAGAAAUCUGUUCAUAGCAGUACAGAAUCAAGAAGAAAUUGUUUGAAUUAAGCCCUUAAAUUGAAUAUGUGAUUAUAAUUUCGAUUUUUUUCAAAAGCUAACAUAAAUGUCUGUUUCCCUGCAACUCGGAUGGUUGCAUAACAGCUGGUAAUGAUACUUUAGUUAAAGAAAAGUGUAUGAUGUAUGAUCCUUUGUACUCACCGCGAGUGUAUGAAAAUAUAAUUUCCACCUCACCCUAAGUAAGAGUUCGUCAAAGAGUAACAAAUAUUUGACAACUUGGAAAUCAUGUAUUGCUGUUUGUCACUGAUUUUCUGCUAUUGUUGCUCGAAAAAGUCUGUCUUUAAUUUAGUCAUUUAGAUACUAUUGUAUAUACAUAUUUUCUUGUAAUAUAACUUCUCACAGAUUGUCGCAUUUUAAUUGGUAUUGUUAUAUAUUGGUAUCCAUAUCAUAGGCAGGGAUAAUCGGAGCCUAGCUUGAAAUUGCAUAAGAUUCUUGAAAGCACUUUAAAACCAAACCUUGUUGCCGAUGUGAACUUCGGGACAGAGAUGGAACAACAAACAUUGCUAAAAUUCGGUAUAAAGUUUUAAUAUUCGUUCAAAAUGCUGGAAGAAUAAAAAGAUAUAGUCACGUGUCUGUCCAGGAGCUUAAAAUGGCGUGAUUAUAUCUAACGGAAUUGGAGGACUGGUUAUAAAUACGGGAUCUAUUCAAAUGACGCACUCAAGCUGUGAACGAUUUUGUCUUGUAGAACAACCUUGGCGACAUAUAACCUGAAUAACGAACAUAAAAGCAACCCUCAUCAUAAGGUAUCACUUUUUCCCGCGAAAAGUUUGUUUCAAACACGAAACUGUAUACUUCAAAUCGGAAUAUUACAUUACCCUUUUUACCAUUUCAAACUACAUAACAGGAUCUGUGUUUUAAUGAGUGCAAUUUUGUCCCACCCUCCACCAAAGAAAACGGGAACUUAAUCAGUAACAGCUGGUAUUGAGUACGCAGAUUUAGCCAUAGCUAUUCUGUCAAUUUCACAGUGGUAAAUUUCAAAUUAUCAAAACUAUAUAGAUAUAAGCCUUAAAUGAUUAAUUUCUUCAAUGCCUAUUGUGCAUAUAGCAAAUGACUGUACAGUCGAAUGAUCACAAUUCGUGUUAUUCAUUUGUCUACACACCGCUCCGGUUACUAGCACAAUAAAUAUCAAAAAGUAAUGAAACGUUUUAGGUAAUGUUGACACAACGCCAAACACUCGUUGGAGCUCUCCGAUUGACCUUGUUCAUUAGAUUUCUAAUACACACUGUGAAUUAUCUAUGUAACAAAUGACUUAAUUGAAAAUGCCAUAUAAAUAGAAUAUUGUGUUUAUAUAUUGUGUAAAUGUUUUCAUGAUUGUAAAUAUACAGUAUAUCUUUUUCCAAUGAUGACAAUACUUUUUAAUAUACAGGUAUGACGUGUAAAACGUUGCAAUAGGCUAUUAUACAAAUAUUGAUUUACAUGCGAAAAUCUUGAUAUAUAUUCAAUAAUCGUGUUAUUCAUAUGCGAAAAUCUUGAUUUAUAGUCGAUAUCAUUAAUAUUUAUAUGUGAAAAUAUCGAUUCAUAUUCGAUAAUCUUGAUAUCUAUAUGCGAAAAUUUGGGUGUAUUUUCGAUAAUCUUGAUAUCUGUAAAUAAAAAAAAAAUGUGAUGUAUAUUACUACAUAAUCAUAUUUUAUGCAGUAACAGCUGGUAUUGAGUACGCAGAUUUAGCCAUAGCUAUUCUGUCAAUUUCACAGUGGUAAAUUUCAAAUUAUCAAAACUAUAUAGAUAUAAGCCUUAAAUGAUUAAUUUCUUCAAUGCCUAUUGUGCAUAUAGCAAAUGACUGUACAGUCGAAUGAUCACAAUUCGUGUUAUUCAUUUGUCUACACACCGCUCCGGUUACUAGCACAAUAAAUAUCAAAAAGUAAUGAAACGUUUUAGGUAAUGUUGACACAACGCCAAACACUCGUUGGAGCUCUCCGAUUGACCUUGUUCAUUAGAUUUCUAAUACACACUGUGAAUUAUCUAUGUAACAAAUGACUUAAUUGAAAAUGCCAUAUAAAUAGAAUAUUGUGUUUAUAUAUUGUGUAAAUGUUUUCAUGAUUGUAAAUAUACAGUAUAUCUUUUUCCAAUGAUGACAAUACUUUUUAAUAUACAGGUAUGACGUGUAAAACGUUGCAAUAGGCUAUUAUACAAAUAUUGAUUUACAUGCGAAAAUCUUGAUAUAUAUUCAAUAAUCGUGUUAUUCAUAUGCGAAAAUCUUGAUUUAUAGUCGAUAUCAUUAAUAUUUAUAUGUGAAAAUAUCGAUUCAUAUUCGAUAAUCUUGAUAUCUAUAUGCGAAAAUUUGGGUGUAUUUUCGAUAAUCUUGAUAUCUGUAAAUAAAAAAAAAAUGUGAUGUAUAUUACUACAUAAUCAUAUUUUAUGCAAUUUUUUUUUAUUUAUAUGCGAUUAAUCUUUAUUUAUAUUCGAUAAUUUUGUUAUCUAUAUUCGAUCAAUUUUAAUUUAUAUUCAAUAAUCUUGUUCAAUUUAUCGAAUAUAUAGAUAACAAGAUUAUCGAGUAUGAAUCAAGAUUUAUCGAAUAUAGAUAACGAAAAUCGAGAUUUAUCGCAUAUAAAACAAAAUUUUCGCAUAUAAAUAUCAAGGUCAUCGAAUAUAAAUCAAGACUUAUCGUAUAUGAAUAACAAGAUUAUCAAAUAUAAAUCAAAAUUUAUCAAAGAUAUAUGUAAAACUUGUACGGUACAAAUGUUGAUGCACCAUAUGCGCAUAUAAAUCAAGAUUUAUCGCAUAUAAAUCAAGAUUUUCGCAUAUAAAUAUCAAGAUUAUCGCUUAUAAAUCAAGAUUUUCUUCAAAUAUGAAUAACACGAUUAUGGAAUAUAAAUGAAAAUUUAUCCAAUAUAAAUCAAACUUUUCGCAUAUAAAUAUCAAGAUUAUCGAAUAUACAUCAAACUUUUCACAUAUAGAUAUCAAGAUUAUCAAAUAUAAAUCAAAAUUUGUAUACUAUUGCAACGGUUUACACGACAGGUGCAUGUACAUCAAUCUAGUGAAGUAUUUCUAUACAGUGUUACAAAAGGAAGGGAAAACAUUUUGCGUGAACCACACCGUAUUUUAUCAACUGGAUUUUUGCGUAAUGGAAAGUUUUUAAAAAAUAUUUGGAACCUUUUAAAACUUGUUUGGAUAUUUUACAUGCAUGCUACCCUUGCUUAUUGAUUUUUUGUUGUUGUUUUUUGUUAUCAAUGUUUUGAUUUUCAAUAAAGGUAAUUGUCAAUAAU